CCUAUCCAAUUUAAUUUAUUUUUCAAGAUUCAUAUAUGUAUAUAUUUACAUAUUUAAUUGUAUUACAUUGUCUAUACUCAUUAAAACUUUACGCAAAUGCGCAUGGACGAGCAUGUCUCUCCGCAUGGCGUAAGAUUUAAGUUUAAAACUUCUAUAAAAUAACAGACUAAUAACAAAAUUAUCGGCUAAGCAUCACUUAAAUUUAAUACACGUUAUGGAGACUACCACGUCACAUUUGAGCACCUUCCAGGCUGUCAAAGACUCCUAUCACCCAUUCAAAUCAUUCCACGUGGCACUUUCGGACAGUGACACCUAUGCUACAACAGCUGUCUCACUCGUCUACAUUGGUAUAAAUACCUCCGUAUCACACUUCAUUCUAUAAACCUCAAAUAAAACCUCUGUUCUAUCUCUUACAAUAACCAACUUCUCAAAUGGCUUAUAAUUACCGUUUUGCCUUUUUCCUCACCGUCCUCACCGCCCUCGCCGGGAUCUCCUCCGCCGCGUUGGUCAAGGAGCAGCCGCUUGUUCUGAAAUACCACAACGGCGCUCUCUUGAAAGGAAACAUCAACGUCAAUCUCGUUUGGUACGGGAAGUUCACUCCCACCCAACGGUCCGUGAUCGUCGACUUCAUCCGCUCGCUCAACUCCAAAGAAGCCACAACCUCCGCCGCUCCCUCCGUCGCCUCGUGGUGGAAGACGACGGAGAAAUACAAAGGCGGAGCUUCGACUCUCGUCGUCGGGAAACAGCUCCUCCUCGAGAACUACCCCCUCGGAAAAUCUCUCAAGAAUCCUAACCUCCGUGCUCUAUCCACCAAACUUAACGGCGGUCUCCGUUCGAUAACCGUCGUCUUAACGGCGAAAGACGUUUCCGUCGAGGGGUUCUGUAUGAACCGGUGCGGGUCCCACGGAUCGUCCGUCUCGACUUCGCGCCGCGCGGCUAACGGCGAGGCUUACGUCUGGGUCGGAAACGCCGAGACGAUGUGCCCAGGGUACUGCGCGUGGCCGUUUCACCAGCCCAUUUACGGCCCACAAGGGCCGCCGUUAGUUGCGCCUAACGGUGACGUCGGAGUCGACGGGAUGAUUAUAAACCUCGCUACGCUUCUAGCUAACACCGUCACGAAUCCGUUUAAGAACGGGUAUUACCAGGGCCCACCAACUGCUCCACUUGAAGCUGUCUCCGCUUGUACCGGCAUGUUCGGGUCGGGUUCUUACCCGGGUUACGCGGGUCUAGUGCUGGUUGACAAAACUACCGGGUCUAGUUACAACGCUCGUGGACUCGCCGGGAGGAAAUAUCUAUUGCCGGCGAUGUGGGAUCCACAGACGUCGACUUGCAAGACUCUGGUUUGAUCCAAGGGAUGUGAGUAUGACACGUGUCAUGUUCUGGAAGGAAUGAGGAGAUCUAGAUGACAUCUAUAGUCAAAACAAGUUGUAACUCGCGCUUGUAUAAUAUAUGCUUUCGGGUUUGGACUGUGGAUAAGAGUCUUUGCUUUUGUCGUUUUGUUGUGACGUGUAAAUUAUGUUUCUUGAAUGUGAAGAUAUAUGAAUAGUAUAAAAUAAAAUGAUUUUGUUUCU